AUGCUGGGGCGCUCCGGCAGUCCCCUUGGGCGUAAGCGGGAAGGGAACGCAGCGGAUUUGGGGGUGCGGGUGGGAGAAGGGCUGCUCCACUACAGGGUGAUAGAGCUUGGUAUAUUUAGGAACGAUGGUCAUUGCUUUGCAGAGUAGCGGAGGUAAGCGGAGGUGAGAAACUUGGGCUCUCUCUGACUAAGACGGAAGAAGGCAGAACAGACAACGCCUAUCGGGGAAAGGGAAGCAGCUGGCGUUGCUGGCUGAAAUCUUGGGGCGCACGUCUGAGGAAGGAUAGAGGGCUUGGAGGGACCUGGUAGUGGUGACGGUGCAUCUUUCCGGUCCUAGCUUCGCAUUCCCAACUGACUUUGCUAGGAAGCAUGACAGGGAGAAAUGCUGAUGGAGCUGUCCAUUUUGCCGCAGUGCUGAUGUCAGUUCUUCCCACCGGCUGCCGCUGAAGGUUGGGGACGGUUCCACCCAGCGCAAGCUGUUUUGGCUCUUGGAGAUAGACAGUUAUGAUAUACAGAACUGCUAGGCUCCGUCUCCCUUAACCAGCUUCCCAAUGCUGUUGUUUCUCCGAACCAUAGAGCCAGUUUCCUUCUCAGGGUAGGCCUGUGUGUGUUAAAUAAUGGAGCUCUGCAAUUCAGUCAGAACGUUUGCUUUGUUGUACUGUGCACAAACAGUGAAGAAGACUGGAGGGUAACACUUACUGAUUGCUGCAAUGAGGAAGAAGAGAAAGACAGGAGUGUCCUAGAUUUGCUAAGGGAGUGAAUUUAGGGUGGGAAGAUAAGAGUAUAUUAAACAUACUGCAGUGUAGUAGGACCUUGAAGAUCCUGCAAAACUGUAGUUGCAUCCUGUUUUCAUAUUGCGAUCUUAAACCAGGGGAAUAUGCUAUUUCAUUACAACAACUCAGUCUGAUAAGAAUAUGUAAGUGUGGUUUUUAGAAUGAAUUUCAGCAGGACUGCAGGAGUGUUCUUAGGAGGAAGUGUUUUGCUGUAGAUGAUUUGUAGUACCAGUAUUAACACAUGCAGCCACAGUUUCCCUGAUCACAGCACCAAGUAAGGAAGGUGAAAACAUUUGCAUCCAUGACUCUGCAUGACACAUUGCCCCUGCCUAACAUGAACAGUCUUUUACAAAUAUUGUUUGUGUUCAGAAAAUACACUACUAAAAUGUGUGAUUUAAAUCCUAUCAUCUCAACAUGGUAUUUAGUCUGGCAUUUCUCUGUGGAGAUGUACAUAUUCUCUAGGUGAGGCCAUACCCCCAAACCUGGAAUUCAGUUCUCUGUAGAAGGGUUGCAGGAACUUUUUCUGCCCCUGGGCCACACUCUCUUGUGAGCAACCUUUUACUGGACCACUGUAGUCAGGAUGUCUUGGUCCAGAAAAGGUUGCAAGUGGCAUACCAGCUGAAGCUGGCAAAAAGCACUCCUGGUCUCUUGGGUCUCUAGUGACAGAGAUGGCUCAAGUAGUAGACCCAGUCUGCAUACCUGCUGCUUCAGAGGGAGAGAAACCCCAUCCAAAACAGGCAAUUGACCACUCACCCACAAAAUCUCCAUUUUUAUCCAGGAUUUAAGCUCAGUUUUUUUACCUUUAUCUAGUCCACCAUUGCGAGACACUAGUCCAAGACUUGCACAGCCUCUCCUGACUCCAUGUUGGCAUUUAGGACUUCCUACCAGAACAUUCUGACUUUCUUUCAGUCACUUGGUUGGUUGCUAUGUAGAAUUGUCCUUGAGUUCCUUCCAGGAUACUUGAUUUCCUUGCUGUUUUGGCCUUUGAUUUAGCUGCACUUCUUCCCUUAUUCUGGAUCUGGAGUUAUGUGCUUUUGGCUGUGGGCUAUUUUUGGUGCACAAGUGGCCGUAUUCUUUCCAGCUUUUGAGACCUGAUGGCUGUAGACCAUAGGCAUGUUCAGUGACAUAGCUACUGACACCUUCCAGUCAAGGUGGAAGCAGAGGCUCACAUGGAAGCCCCACCCCAACACCCUCAGGCAUGUCCUCCUCCACCCUCAUUCUAAACAUCUGCAUGGAGCUUCUACUUGACUUCAUUUGGAUGUGGGUAGAACUUUUGUGCUUUCUGGGAUCCUGAUAAAGAAGGUUCCCUAAUCAUGUGAGGGAUUCCACUCAUGUCCAGGCAAACACAAGUAGAAGCCCCAGUGCAGGUUUGCCCCAUGAAGACGUGGAAAGUUGACAGACAGGGAACUGAUGUGCCCAAGGAUGUGGGGAGGCUUGUGUGUGUGAUUCUGCCCCUUGCCACACUUGCCUUUGUCAAUUCAAGUUCUCCCAUUGACUUUUAAGCCAAGUCAUUCAGUGACCCCAGCAAUUCUCCAGUCACCCUCUAUUCUUUUCAGGUCUUCUUCCUUAUUGCUGUCUACCAGGAACACCAACCAACAUACCAACUAACUAACUGCUGGUGACCAACUAACUAACUAACUGCUGGUGGCCAGCACUUGGCCGUAUAUACACUUCUUACGGAUCCCUAUUCUAGUCCCAGUCAAUCAACGCUAUCUAACUAUGAAUUCUAAACAUGCAGUUACCCAUCAGAAUAUGAAAUUCAUCAGUAAAGCAUUAAUUGAUUAACAUCCUGCCCUGUCUGACAUUCAACAAGGCAGCCCAGCAUCACAGAAUCCCGGGAAGCUCAAGUGAGCAACUUGUUCUAAAAAUAUCUGGAGCUUUAUCCUGGAUAGCGCCAGAUCACCCUCCUAGGCUUCCACCACCCCACCACUUCUCAGAGGAUAAUAAGGCCUUAAAGCGGCAGUCCUGUGGUCUGGUUCUUAGCACUCUACCUGCUCUCUGUUAGUUCUCCCUAGGUUUGUUGUUGGCAUUGACUGCCAGGCAUGGGCUUCUGGCGUGAACUGGUUGGACACAGAAGAAUGAUGGGAGGAACCAGCUGGGGAAUCCCCAGUAGAAGAAGGCUCAGAGCCAUGGGAUUGGUGGUGGGAUGACGAUGAGUGGUCAGAGGGAGAAGACUGGGAGGACGUGCUGGAAACUGAAGAGAUAACAGUGCUUAGUGAGUGGAGGGAAUCUGUGGCAGAGAGGAGUCCAGAAGUUGAAGCAGGAGAGGAGGGAGUCCAAGAGGAAGAGAUGAAUCUGGCUGGUGGAGGCAUGGAUGUCUCCCCCUCCUGCUGCAACAAGCUUCCCCCCCCCCCCGAUCUCCCAGAACCAGGAUAGGCAUGAAGAGGGUGGAGGAGAAGUUAGCUUCACAUAGGUGCAGUCUCAGAUUGUUUGGGGAAACCAUGGAGAGGUGGGGACUUAAGCAGCUGUGGGAGAUGAGGGCCUUCAGUCUCAGCAACUGCUUCAUAGGGGCAAGACCUGCUUGAGUUGAAUUGCUGUGCUCAUUAGGCCUGACACUCCUGUGUGAAUCCCAUUUUUGGUAAUAAACACCUGCUGGCUCGCUCCUGUCAGCUCUCCCCCCCCCCCCCCGUGUGUGUGUAGAUCACCACGACAUACAUUCUCAGGAGUUUCUUCAUCUGGAGAUUCAAAUUCAGGAGUCCUUGUAUUGAUGGGUCCUGGCUUAUGAGCUCUCUGGUGUAAUGUUGCUGCCUGGGUUGGUGUGUGCCACCUCUGCCUCCUGUGCUGCUGUUCCACCUUACCUGGCUGGUCCCUCCUCACCUGUCAAAAUUGGAAAACAAGCUGUUGCUCAGGGUGAGGGUCAUGACACCUACCAAUUAAACUAAAUAAAGCUGGCAACUCUGAAAUAUUUGUGAUCAGCACUGCACACAGUCCACUUUCAUGCGGAGCUUGGUAAAACCGUACAUUACAACCCUCCUGGCUCUGCUUUUCUUGGUUUCCAAAUGAAAAACGGAAGCUUUCUCUUAGCAUCUUUUACCGCAAAUGGGCUCUGUGACGCUCAUGCAUUUUUCAGCAUACUAUUAAACCAGGGCUGUAGCUACAUGUUUUACCAUCUGACUUCAUGCUGACCACUUACAUCAGAAUUCUCUAAAGGUGGUUUCCCUUUUGCUCAACUUGGAACACAUUUCAGAAUAACCGUGAGUACGAUGAUAAUUAUGAGGAUCUAUCUGGGAUCCAGACUAGUCUUGGCAACUAAAAAGAGUCCACAGUGUAGAGAACAGGAAAUUAAUCUCACCCUUUGCUUCUCCACCUGGGUCAGAUCUUGUUAGUUGCUACAGGUUUUCUUUAUCUCUCCCCCCCCCCCAGCUUUUUAAAGGGAGACUUAGAGGUGGCACAAGCUGGGGAGCACUGUCAUGUCCUGCAUCAUCUGUGAGUUUGUGAACUGAUGUCCAAAUAUCCUCUGGAAGUUACCGAUUGCUGGGAAAUACUACUGUUCUUCAGUAUCUUCCCCUCUAAUCUUGGGUAAGUGCUUCCUGUGUUGUGCAUAUUUACUCCUGAUUUAUGCCUGCAGCUGAGUACCUGAAAACAAAUGCACUCAUAUGUGUAACCGAUGGAACUGCAUAUGCAAGUAGUAAAAACUUUGAUUUUUUAAAAACUUACAUGGAACACAUACAAUCUCAAGAAAUUAAAGAGAAGAAAAGAGCAACCAAAGCAACACUUAAGAGUUCAAGGACAUAGGCUGGUAUUUCAAAAUAUGUACUGAAAUAAAUGUUGGAUGUUGAUUCCUAGAAGCCUCAUACAAAGCAUUGCUCUUUUGAUUGUUAAAAUAAAAUGAAAUAUGUUAUAUUACCAUUCUCUCUCUCUCUCUCUCUCUCUCUCUCUCUCUCUCUCUCUCUCUUUUAAAUGUUGGAGAAAGAUUUGUAAUUACUCACUAGCUUACUCCCUGGAUGCAUGUAAAUAUCUACCUCUAGACAAUUGGACAAGCCUGCUUUGCUGUUGGAAAGCUUCCAAGUGCUGUGGAAGUUCCAGGGACACAGCACUUACCCAGAUUUAGUUUUCUUUGGAAUGAGGUCACUGGAGGCUUUUGCUGUUUUGUAAUAUUUUAAUUUAUUUGUAAGUACACAGAUUGAGCAAGAGGGACAACUUAACAUUCCAACAGUCAGCCAAAUCCACUGUGCCACAUCAGAUCUCCAGAUUCCCUCUCCAAAUGGUACUUUCUGGAGCUUAACAAGUCCUCUGUUUAUCUUUACCACUGUCUCCAAAGAUUGCAACCUGCCUCCUUUAUUCACCUUUAUUCACACACGGAGGCCUAGAAUACAUCAUUUGUAGCUAGACAAGGAAGCAUUCUCCCAUUGCUCCCUGUCUACCUCUCAUAAUUUCCCCCCUAUUUGCAAUAUCCCAGGCUAGUCCUGUGUCACACAGUAAUCUUUCAUAUGGCAAUUAGCUCUCAUAAAGACAUGUCACCUGAACAUCUCAAGCUAUUUACACUCCUUUGUCAAGUCCAACCCACAAUGGUAGUCCUAUUACCAGAAAUAUGAUAGAAAACCCAUAAGGAUAUUGCAAGCUGCCUCCAGAAGUUAGGUUAGUAGGCAGGGAGUACAUACAGUAUUCAAAACAACUCUGUACAGUGGUACCUCUGGUUAAGAACUUAAUUUGUUCCAGAGGUCCGUUCUUAACCUGAAACUGUUUUUAACAUGAGGUACCACUUUAGCUAAUGGGGCCUCCUGCCGCCGCCACACAACUUCUGUUCUCAUCCUGAAGCAAAGUUCUUAACAAGAGGUACUUUUUCUGGGUUAGCGGAGUCUGUAACCUGAAGCAUCUGUACCCCGAGAUACCACUGUAUAACAUUGCAGCCUUAAAUCCAAUAAAGGAGAGGUGACUAAACUGUAGCCUUCCAAAUAUUGUUGGACUCUAAAUCCCAUCAGCCCUAGCCAGCAUGAACAAUAGUCCUUUCAGGAAUUCUACCUUCAAGUAAUUACACUUAUGUGAGAAAGAGAUUGCAACCAUGCUUGCUGGGUUCUAAAUCAUAUAGGAAACCUAUGUUUAUGUAUAGCAAACCUCCCAAUUCAGAUAUUCUCUGUUGAAUGCAUGAAUGGCAGAAGACAGGACCAGUGAGGAUGCAAACAUUGGGGGUGGAAGCAGCAGGAGCAGCCCUGCUCUUCCUUUCACAGGACUGUAAUUGUGUGAGGGGAGAAUGUCCCAAAAGAACAUGUGAUACACAUUAAGGUGUAAUGAGCACAGUACAAUGGAUGAGAAAAGGCAGAACACAAUCACUUUGAAGUCUUAAUUAACACAAACACAUGUAUCUUUUAAAUUCAGAACAGUUAAUUUAAUUAUAACAAAUGUAUUGAAGAAGCAAUUGUAAAUGCUUUGCAUGCAAAAUGUCACAGGUUCAGCCUCUGGCAUCUCCAGGCAGGGCUAGAAAAUUCCAAAAUAAAACAUUGAAGAAUUACUGGCAGGCAAUGUAGAAUAGACAGUACUGAUCUAGAUGGACCCAUGAUCUGACUCAGGAGAAAGCAUGUUCCUGUUUCUGUCACAGUCUGUUGCCAAUGUUCAUGGUUCCUCUACUUUCUGAAUUUUGUCCAUCUGCUUCCUUCUCUUCCUCAGCUUCUCAACUUAGUUGUUUCUCCUUAUCUCUUCAGCUGCUCUAUUUUAAAAAGCUGCUCAGCUUUGUCAAGUAUCUCCCAAACCAUUUUUUACACACACACACACCAUGCAAUGUCCUUCACUAAGGCCACAUUUUAUAUCCUUCUAGCAUUACAAAGGCUUAGUAACAUGUUUGGGAUGCAGAACAUCUCAAGUUCAUUACCCAACAUAUCUAUUUAGAAAUUAUCUCUACUAGCAGGGCUGGAAAAGGUUUGUGCUGGAGACCUUCCUUUAAUCUGCCUUCAGAACCUGAACUUUCAAAAUAUAUUUCAGGGACUACUCAUUUUUGGAAUGAUGCAAUUCUAUGUAGCAGUGCCAGAUUUUUUAAUUUUAAUAUGUUUAUUAAUCUGAGGACUGUUGCAAGUCCGUCUACAGGGACCAGUAUAAGGGAUCUUCCUAACAUUCUGCAGUCUCUGUCUAGUAUUGUUGCAGUGUGAGGUUCUAAGGGUUCCAGACACUCACCCAGGAUUCAUGUUUUCCUUUUGCCAAUGAGGCACGGCAGAGAUUGUUGUGUGUUUAUGAUAUAUAGUUUAUUUACACAUGUAUACAACCUGAGGCUACAAUGGAUGGGUUCACAGCAUUAACACCCCAAAAGGAUCUUGUUUCUGUUACAGCUGCAGCCUUGGAUUCAAACAGAAAUCAAACAUCAUGCUCUGCUUCUCUGGCUUUUCAUCCAGCAGCUUUUACUUCUAGCUCAUAUUACACACAGACUCUAAACUCUGGCUUUUGUCCUUCUGACUAUCUAAGAGCUGGAGGAGGGGCCCCACCUCUUUGCUAUUUGGCUCAGAGCUUUUGCCUUCUUAAUGGCCUUUCCCUUUGUUCUCUUAACACUUCUUGAGUCCAUGGAUUAAGUGUCUGGCACCCACAAAUGCAUAAAUGUACUGUUGGGUUUAAUUUUGUGCCUCAAAUUCCUCUUUAAAAAACAGAAACACUGCUUUGAGUAUUGUACUUCAAGUUAUGUAAUCUGCUUGGGGAUAUAUUUAUUUGUUUUCCUCAAAAGCAGGAUUAUAAAUAUAAUAAAUACAUGUAAUAAGGAAAGUGUUGCUUUUAAAAAAUGAAUGUGAUGGAAACAGCUUUAACAAAAAAAGCUUUCGUAAUAUGAAUAUUUUUAACUGGAGGGUCCUAAGUAUUUGCCAGUAUUAUCACACAAACCUGAACUUUAUUCUGUUAUUUCAUAAUAGCUACUAGUAUGAGAAGCGCGUGGGAGGCUAUUCAUUGUAGAAACUGUCAGAUCUGACUCUGUGAUCCAGCUGGAGCGAUACCAACUAUACCAAUGCCCAGUCAGUCAACUUCCUUCUUGUGUUUUCAUUUGCUAGACCCUUCUCCUCCCCCUUGCGCAUGGCAUGUAGUCUUUAGUUUGUUCAGGGAUGGUACACAAAUUACCAGCAUUUUUUCUUCCUUGCUCUUCGGCAAGGAAACUGCAUGAGAAAACAGGUUCAAUCACACAUCCUGAAGAAAUUGAAAGGGUUUGUUUGAUCUACAGUGCUUUUGAGACAGGUUGAAGGAAUAUUGAUUCUGGUUUUUUAACAUAGAAAACAUAAAUAAACCACUACAGCUAAUGCAGUCCGAUUUGUCCAAAAAAGUUUUAAAUGCCUUUAAAUAAUCAAUGGUUCCAAAAUGGACAGCAAUGGCCUACCUCACUGAUUAGCUGCGGCACACAUGCAACCAGAGCCACAGCUAUGCUAUAAGCAAGAGGACAGUACACUUGCCUAGCUAAACAUUUUUCAAAAUGAAAAAAACCCUCCUUCCUGCCACUGUUUGGUGAUCUGGAUAAGUGGGAAGAAUAAUGGUGUGACCAAGAUGGCAGGGGCCUGAGAGGGAGAGAGCAAGACAGCAGCAGUGGAGGAGUCAGAGGGACCUCUCGGGAAAAGACUUUUGCAACCCCAUUUGCCAUUGAACCCAAUGUGUUUUGACUAUAUGUGAUUUUGGCUUUAGGUGCAACCCCCGGAACGUAAUCCCCUCAUAAAUUGCGGGCUUACUGUAAUGCAACAAGUAGGUAGCCGUGUUGGUCUGCCGUAGGUCAAAACAAAAAAAUUCCUUCCAGUAGCACCUUGGAGACCAACUAAGUUUGUUAUUGGUAUGAGCUUUCGUGUGCAUGCACACUUCUUCAGAUACCCUGAAUAUCUGAAGAGGUAUCUGAAGGGUAUCUGAAGAAGUGUGCAUGCACACGAAAGCUCAUACCAAUUGUUGAUCUCUAAGGUGCUACUGGAAGGAAUUUUUUUUAUUUUGUAAUGCAACAAUCUUUGAUCACCUUUCUCAAAUACAAAGCACACAAAUCAUUUUGAAUAAGCUGUAUAGAAUUGUAAAACCCCUCAAAGGUCCCUUUGAGGUCUGUGCCCAUGGCACCUGCCUAGUUGGCCUAAUGAUAGCCCUGGCCCUGCCUCUCCACCACCCUGGCUAUGAGGACCAACUACUUCCAGCUGUCUCUUCCCCACCCAGAACUACCUCCUCCACUCCACCUGGUCAUUCUUUUAAGAGUACAAAAGCCCUGGCGCUGAAAUUUCCCUGGUUUUCCUCUUCACUUUCCAAUCCUUUUCCCUUUUGUAUCAGGGAUAUUAUAUCAUCAUCAUCAUCCCAUCCUUCAUCCUAAGGUUCGAGGGUGGGACUGACAACGACAGAUGAUGCUUGACACCUGUCGCUUCUAUUGCGCCAACGUUUGGUAAAGGUUUGUCCGGCUGGUUCAGUGUUUUUCCUCGCUUGUUUCUAGUUACCCCCAGCUUCACUGUCAGGUGGUCGCCGAUCCGUAAAACCUGAAAAAUGUAAGCUAACUAAUCAAGUAGAAGACAAAAAAACUUUGUCGCCCCCCUCCCGAAUGCGUUCAGCCGCUGAGUGCGGCCUACCGGCUUCCUGGCGGCGUUUGCGGCAUUGCUGUAAAGCGUCACGUUCUCCUCGGUCCCUAACCGCGGGAAGGGGGAGGCAACGAAAGGGCUAGUUCGCGCAGGCGCGGUGUGCGCGAGGUCCAGUGCUGCGGCAGUUCAGUUGUGCGAUUUCUUUUUCGCGGAGAGCGAGGGGCGAGUGAGAGCCGCACGCGCGCUGGGAGAGGUGAGCGGGACGGAGGCCGGGAAGCAACGGACUGGCCUCUCGCGCCCCCGUGGCGGCGGGGGAGGGGGGUGGCGGGAAGAGAGGCAUACCCCCCCCGCCCCCACUCCUGAGGCAGGGGAAAGAGGAAGAGAGCGCGUCGUAGUUCUGUCACGAAACCCCCCAAAUGACGCGGGAGACGGGUCUCUCUCUUUUCCCUCACGGAGGGAGGAAGGAAGGACCCCGUUCCCCACCUGGCGUCACUGCCGUUUUCCGCGCCGCGGGGAAAUGAGCGAUUGAAAUCCCAUCCUGUGGGAGAGGAGGGAGCUGGGGAAGGUGCCUCACGUUGGCCUGCUGGGUGGGAGCACUAUAACUUUCUUUCUCUGUUUCUCUCUCUCUCUCUCUCUCUCUCUCUCUGUGUGUGUGUGUGUGUGUGUGUGAGAGAGAGAGAGAGAGAGAGAGAGAGUUUGUGAGUGUGUGAAGUAUGAGUGAUGGACUUGAGUAGAAAAAACCCCAAGCUCCCAUUCCAGAAAGGGGCAGGAUUUGAGUCGGGAGAGCACCCGCUCCCCAUUUUUAAGUGAUGCUUAAAGUUAACAGGGUUCUCCGCCCCCACGCCCCGUGAGUGGCUCUUGAGGAUUUUCUCCUCUCUUCAGUAUUUCUAGUGCAGUGGUGCUGCCUCAUCUUCUUCUCCUUACUGAAUGGUAUCCAUAACUCUUAACUAGUGCGGUGUUAAUAACAGGAAACUGGAGACACGUAGCUUCUUCUUUUUCUUCCAUUGGGGAGAGAGACAGAGUGAAAUUGUGGUGCUUGCUUCCUAUGUUCUGUUGAGGAUUGAGUAGAAACACUCUCUCGUGGCAGCACAAAAAUGAUCUUAGUGAAAAUUAUUUUUUCAUCCCACACACCCCCAGCCAGAUGUUGACAUAAAAAUCAUCUUUUGUGUAAGAAGGUGGGCAGUGAUUGUGGAAAUCAAAUUUCUCUUUCUUGUCUCCACAAAGGCCUGUGAUUUGUGCGGCUUUCUUUCCCUAGUUUGGCACCUGAUAACUCUUGACAGGAACAACACUUUUAAAAGAAGAUAUUGCUGCACGAUUCAGACACCAAUGUAUGUCUUCAUCAAAUCCCUUCCAUCUCAUGCUGCAGCCUGAAAGAGGUUGCUGCAUCCAGCUGCAUGGCACAGCAAGCCUUUACAGUAAUUUGUACGUUUUGUUCUUCUUACUCCAUCACUGCAGCUGUCUUUACUUACAUUCUGUGAAACUUCCAUUUCUCUUGCACAGUCACUGAAGGGCUGCAUUUUCCAAAAUCCGAAGAGGGGAAGUUCUUGAGGUGAUUUUUUUUUUUUUUUGUAUGUAGAAAUCACUUGGUGAGUAUGUUUGACUCUGAGUGAUCUGCAAAACUCGCUGAAUAGAAAACAUGCAGUCAAGAUAGCUAAUUGUAGGGGUAGAGAUUGGCAUUUUGUUAAAACCAAGGUUUUAGUAGUGCAGUUACUUACGUACCAUGAAAUCUAUGCUAAAAUCCACUACAUUUGGCCCUUGUCCUGAGAUUGAACAGCAGUUUGGAAAGACUGCUGACAUUUUCUUCUUCGUGUCACUUCAGUAUACACAAUCAUGAAACCUGGUGGAUAAAGAGGGGGCAAAUUCUGUAUAGUGUUGGCCUGGCAUUAUGAUAGAGGCAGUUGGUCUACCGUUAUGUCAUAUAUUUCAGGCAACCUUCCAUAGGGAUUGGGAUUCUAUUUUCUUUCACUUUAUUUAAAUUUUGUUCGCUUUGGCACCACCAACCAACAGCAGAGAAAUGGCUGCCAAAUUGGCAGAUUUCUCUAUCCAUUCAAGCUUUUAAGAAUAUCAGUCAUGAGUGUUUUGUUGCAAAAUUUAACAAUUCUGCUGUAAGCAUGCAUUGGCCAAAUGACCAAGUAUGUCUUAUUUGUAUUUUUGUAAUAUUAACAGCCAUUCCUGGAACUGCAAAUAAUUAAACUCUCAGAUGUGCCAGUAGUUGAACUUAGUGCACUCUGAAAAUGCCAUCUGGCCUGCUCAUUUUUGGUAUUGUGUUCACCUAGACAAAACAGUGUUUAAUUGUUAGCAGAAUAUACCACAGAAACAUGCAUCUAGAACAUUUUGAAAAAAUGCUUAAUUACCUGAGUAUAUACUGGUAGAUUUAGAACCAGCCCAAACUUUCAGUACUUAUGCAAGCUUGUGAUCCACUGAUAAUUGGUGGAUCAGUGUCUAAGAAGGUUGAAACUUUGGUAUAAAUGCUAGUUUGUUUGUUUUCCCCAUGUUUCCUUUUUUAUGAUACUACCAGGAAAAAAGGAUGAGCCAUGGGGGAUUAUUGUGAAAGCCUGAAGCAGUUGUGUGUUGUGGUAGGGAAUGCUUGGAGAUAUAUGCUCUACCCACUGAGCUAUCCCAUGUAUGUAGGAAAGAGAGAGGAUAAGCAGGUCCAAGGAUAUCAGUUAUCCUGCUGAAUGUGGAGAGGCCAUGGCAUGGCGGGUGGGUUGUAGUAGUGUUUAUAGAUGCAUGCAUCCUGUCCUUUGCUGUGGCCACCCCAUCUUUGAUAUCAUCCACUGUGCCCAAUAGCCUGGUUUUGUUCUUGAACAGCAGGUCUCUUCAUAAUAAGACUGUGUUGAUCCAUGCUGUUAUCAUGGAUGAACAGGCUGACCUGGUGGGGGAGCUGGGUGGGUCUGACCUGACACAGCUUUACCCAGCUGGGUACUCACUGCAACACCAAACCAGACUAGAAGUCUGGCAAGGAGGCAUUGCCAUUGUUCAUAGCAGCUCAUUCUCUCACUAGGAAGCCUUUCCACUUAGGAGCUCGACUGGAGGGCCUGUUAUGGGUCACGGAUAUAGUCUGGGGAUGCUGUUGUACCACCUACCCUACUACCUCCCUGAUCAAGCUGACUGAGGUUGUUUAUGGUGUGGUGUUGGAGGAACUAAGGAACAUUCUCCUCUGCUGGCUAACAGUUUUGUUAGCUCCUUAGGAGCCAGGGAUAGCUGUCCCAGAUAGUCACUGGCUCAGUGCACAGAGCAGGGCAUAUCCUUGAUUUAGUAUUCACCCAGGUGGGGAAAAGGAUGGUCUGGAUAUAGGGGUGGCGUUUGUAACCCUGUUGCUAUGGUUAGACCACUUCCUAGUGAAGUUUGGACUUUGGGCAGCAGCCCCUUCAGGGGAGGGGACCAAUUUGGAUAGUCUGCCCUUGGAGACUAAUGGAAUUGUAUAGGUUCCUGACUGCUCUGUGGGAUUUCCCAGUGGAUAGAGCCCAGUGAUCCUGUUGAGGCCCUGUUGUCAUUGUGGCAUGGGGAGAUGAUGAGGGCUGUUGAUGUGAUUGUUCCUGAGGGUUCUGUCUGAUGCUGCAGGGCCUAAACUGUGCCUUGCUUUACUGAGGAGUUGCAGUCAGUGAAGCAAGCUGGAAGACAACUGGAGCAUGUAUGGUGGAAAACCUGCUCCAAAGCUGAUCAAACACUUCUUACAUUACACAGUUCUGCCUACUAAAGUGGCAGUCAAAGAAAAAAGUUGCAGUGAAGAAUUACUUUGCUGCCAGUAUUGCUUCCUUGAUGACCCAUCCAGCAAAGUUAUUUCAGGUGGUUUGGAGACUAACUGUACUAGAAAUAGUAGAUGCAUUUUUGGAGCACUUGGUAACAUGCUGUGAGCAGCUUGCAUGGCACUUCAAGGAUUAAGUUGCUCAGUUCCGUAGUGCCUUAGGUGCAGCAGUUUUUGCAAGUCCAGUCAAGGUGUCCAGUGCAGCACCUUCUAUUUCAUCAUAAUAUAUGAGUCAAGAGAGGCUGAGCAUGGUCUGGAAUAUUGUCUGGAUGCAGUUGUGGAAUGGAUGGUGGCUAAUGAACAGAUUUGUGAACUCUGAGAAUAUGGAGACGCUGUUGGUGGGUGGUUCCAGUGUCUGGGAGGCUGGCCAUUUUCCAUUCCUGAGUGGGGUUACUCUACCUCUGAAAGCACAGUUGCAUAGUUUGGGGGGUAUUCCUGAAUUCAUCUUUGUCACUUGAGGCUCAGUGGCUAGGCAUGUAGUCACUACAGCUAGUGCACCAACUGUGGCCUUUUGUGGACAGGGAUAGCCUGGCUACAGUAAUUCAUGCAUUGGUAACUUCAUGACUCAAUUAUUUCAAUGAGCUCUAUGUGGCCCUUGUGCCUGGUCCAGAAGCUCCAGCGGGUGGGAAAUGCUGCAGCUGGACUACUGAUGGGGAAAGAUUACCGCCAGCACAUAGCUCCAGUUCUUAAAAGCUUGCAAUGUCUGCCCAUAUGUUACUAGGCCAGGUUCAAAUUCUUUUAUUGAUUUACAAGAUUCUUAACAACAUGGGGCUAGGAUAUCUUAAGGACUGUCUGAUAUAUGCCUGAUCAUUGAGAUGUUUAGGGGAGUCCCUGUUGUUAGUCCCCCAUGGCUCAGAUGCAUAGCUUGUAACUACUAGAAGCUAUACAUUCAACAUAGUGGGCCCAAACUUCAGUGGUUAGUCACCCCUGAUGUAAGGAGUUACUGAUCCCUCUCUGUUCUUUUCCCACUCUUAUUACAUAUAACAGGAUACAUUUGCUUAUUUAUUAAAUGUAUUUCUAACACACCCCUUAUUUCUACAAAUAGCAUGGUGGGAUAUAAAAAGGCAUGAAAUAAAAUUAGACAAUUUAUCAGGUACAUUUAGUUGCAUUUUUAUAGUUAUUGAUUUGUCUAAAAAAGAACACUCUUUGUUAAUAAGCAGAAAUAUUUAAAAAUAAUGCUAAGACCUGUUUGUGAAACAGAAGCCCUAAACUUAGUGGUGCUUAGAACUGUUGGUUUCAUUGAAUUUUGCAUGUUUUUUACUGUAAGCUUCUGUGAGAAUCCUUUGUGUUAGUUGGCAGGGUAUUAUAGGAAUAUACUUUGAGGUUGUAUCCUUUAAUCAGUAAAAUUAUAUUCAAUAUUUCUCAGUUCUGUUUUCAUUUCUGCUGAUGAAAUGUUAAAAUAAAUUAUCUGUGUUGGGAUUAUCUGUGAGCUAAGGAAGAUAACAUUUACUGCCCCCUAUUGGUGCAAUGAAGUUUCAUUGAUUGUAAAGUGCUGAUCCCAAUAAGAUAAACAAAUAAAUUGAAUGCCUUUUAGUGAUGAAUUUAAUACAGGGACUUGGAAAUACAGUACUCAUAGAAUGUUAGAAGCCUUCUGCUGUUUAUCUAUAUAUGUGUGUAUAUAUGUGUAUGCUCUGGGUAUUAAAACUUUGCUUUUUUUGUUAUGCAAGCUUAUUGUGAAGGAACUAGAAAAAGCAGGGUCAUCACACAUCUUUUGUUCUACCACCCAAUUCUGUUAGCUGGUCAGGUCAAAGUACUGAAACCAUGCUAACUGAAAGGAGGAUGUAUACAAAAACAAACAAACAAACAAAAAAACACCCCAUCCAAUUAUAACAAGCUGCAAAAAUAUUUGAGCUCUGUGUUAAAAAAAUAAGAGAACUGUCUGGCAAUUCCACCUCUCCACUUUUUAACUGUCAGAUCUCUGUGGAAAGCUACUUAAUUUGUCAGCAUUUGCAAUAUUUAGUUCAGUGCUGUGUUAAAAAGGGGGGGAAAGAAUAACCUAUAUGUGUUGUGUUCUGUUUUUGAAAUGUGCAUUGCUUGCAUACAGACACCUUCUCAUAUGCAUCAUGUUAGCCUGGGAAAAGGCUUUAUACCUUGAGCAUGCAAUAUGGUAGAAGUUCUUUGAAAUUAUCUUUGGAGCAGAAACAGUCAGUUGCUUAGUUAUAAUAGUGUUAGGAGCACUGUAAUUGAAAUAAAUUGCAGAAGGUUGUUUCUGAUGUGCUUGGCAUGUUUACAGGUUUCUAUAUUUAUUUGAAGCUAUUUACAGAUGCUUGGCCUUUAAAAUAAGUUUUUGUAAUUUAAGAAAGGUGCCAUAGACUUUAUAGUUCAGAAUUUUAGCUGGCUAGCCGCCUAUGCUGUUAACAUACUUAUCCUACUGACUUACAAAAGUAUGUCAGGGUUCAGCUCAACUUAUUUUUAACUUGUACCCUUCGCAUCAUUUGAAAAGAAACAUUUGUUAAAGUAAACAAAAUCAUUAACCCAAAGGAAGAUCAGUACUGUACAAGGUUCCUGCAUCCUCCUUUCUGAUUCAUCAUAGCAGCUUGAAAUCUGUAUUGCGUUGUGUCAGUUGGUAUGGACAGAGGUGAAAGCAGUAAAAUAACUUGGAAUGGAGUUACAUUAAGGGAUUGGAUCCACUUUAUUUACACUGGUACCUCGGGUUACAGACGCUUCAGGUUACAGACUCUGCUAACCCAGAAAUAGUACCUCAAGUUAAGAACUUUGCUUCAGGAUGAGAACAGAAAUUGUGUGGCGGCGGCAGCGGGAGGCCCCAUUAGCUAAAGUGGUUCCUCAGGUUAAGAACAGUUUCAGGUUAAGAACGGACCUCUGAAUAAAAAAUAAAUAAAAAAUGGACCUCCAGAACGAAUUAAGUUCUUAACCCCAGGUACCACUGUACUGAAGUAAGAAUUCAAGUAUGACCCUAUGGAAUUUUUGGUAGAAGUCAUAAUCCAUUUUCAUCACUGGAAUUAAACCUCUGUACUUAUUGAUCCACUUUGGUACUUCAAACUUAAAAGAGUGUUGCCAUAGUUGAGGCACCAAUUUAUUUAAUUGGCUAAUACUAUUUUCUUUUGCAUCAUUAAACACAUUAUUUUCCAUCAUGCCAAGCAUUACAAGAUUCAUUGACGAAUUUUAGGUCCAGUUCAGACACUUACCAGGGCUGAAGGGCUCUAUGGUGAAGGAGAAAAUGUGUGUAAACUUAUAAUAUCUUACUCUGACACAAGGAUUCAUAUCAUGUAAUUCUUUGAAUUCACAAUGGGAAGAGAUUCAGCCUUCUGUGUGUUUGGGUAUUUGCUAUUUGGAUCCCAGUGUCAGAUUUAAAGUUAUGUUUGGAGGGGGAGAGGCACUUGCCAACUAAUGUUCCAUUAGUUGAUGAUUUUUGGCUGAAGUAAACUGCUUGUAUGGAAAAACUGUGCUUCUAGGGAGCUGAAGGUUCUUGAAAAACAUACAUUUUUAUUAAUUUAUGUAUUGCUUGUAAGCAAAAAAAGGGCUUCCUUACAUAUAUGGAACUGAUGUAUGAAUUUUAAUUACUUCUGUUCGCUUCUCCCCAUAUGUAUUCCUAACCAUCUCUCUUACUGAAAUGAUGAAUGGAAAGGAAAUUUAUCUCAGUCCUUUAAUGCAUUCAUUCUCUCUGUUGGCUGGGGCUGCCCCCACCCCCAAGGAAUUAACAUGUCAGUUUAGGAAAGUUUUAAAUGGCAAAAUGCAAAGAGAUUGAAAAUUGAGCAAUUUGGGCCACAUUUGUCAGCACAGCUGACCUAAAUUGAUGGUUGUAAAAACUUUAUACUUUAAGUCUUUCCUGUAUUUAAUGAUUUACAAAUCAUAAUUGUGAUACCAUAAGGAUAUUAUCCUUUUAUUAGUUGUUGCUGGAAUGAUGGUGGCUGGAGACUGGAAAAUGUCCUCAGACUUUUCAAGAGGCAGUUGAUGGAGAAGCCAAGUCACAAUAUCAAACAGGCCAAAGGCCAAGUCAAACCUGAUACAUUUGCAACUGAUGGUUCCUGUUUCUCCCUUUCAUCAACUCCUUGUCUGACAAUUUAAGACCAUUUCCUGCUUGUGCUGGUUUCUGGAGAAACUGCUUCAGUAUGCCUUGUUUAUAGUGCUUUAUCUGCUUGCUCCUGUACUCCCUCCAAGUGUGUUGUUACAUAGAAUGAGACACGAGAGACCUGCAAUUGUUGGUCUGUUGCUGUUGAUUCUUUAUUGUAAAUGUUAAAUUGUGUAAAUAAGUUUGAUAUUCCAUUAAUAAAUGGAUGUAAUUUAGGUAGGUUCUUUCUCUUUCUGUAGUACUCAUAGAAACAUAGACUAGAUGACUCCUGAUGUACCUAAGCAGCUCUUGAUGCAGGGUAUGCACUACUACAGCAUCCUUGUUAGGUGACAAUCCAGUCUUUCCUUUGAAAAUUCAAAUGAAAAGGAGUCUAUCACAUCCCAGACAGUCUGUUCCACUGUCAAAUGGCCCAAAAAGUCAAAAAGAUCUUCCUAAAAUUUAGUCUAAAUCAUUUUCCUUUUAAUUUAAAUGGCUUGCAUCCUAUCUUCUGGAGCAGCUAUCAUCAUCUGUGUGAUAGCUCCUCAGUUAUUUGAAGAUGGCUAUUUUAUUGCCUUUUAAUAAUCUUUUCUUCAGGCUAACCACAUAUACCUCCUUCAAUCUUUUCUCCAAUGGCUUGGUCUUCAGGCCUCCUCACCAACUUUAUUGACCUCUGCAUGCAUUCCAGUUUGUUCAUAUCCUUCUUUAAUGUUGGUUCCCAGAACUAGACAUGAGCAGAAGAGAGCUGCACCAUUGUUUACCAUGAUCUAGACCAGGCUUCCUCAAACUCGGCCCUUCAGAUGUUUUUGGCCUGCAACUCCCAUGAUCCCUAGUUAGCAGGACCAGUGGUCACGGAUGAUGGGAAUUGUAGUCUCAAAACAUCUGGAGGGCCAAGGUUGAGGAAACCUGAUCUAGACACUGUACUUCUGUUGAUGCAAUCUAGAAGCAUUCAUUCAGAUUGCACAGCAUUCUUGUUGAAGCAAGCUUGUUGAAGUAUGCAUACUGAAGUAUAUACCCCCACAUGUAUGCUAGAGUCUCUGUUUUGGGUUUUUGUUUUUUUUUUACAACUAAGAUAACUGUUUUUAUCAGCCACUUGCUUUCCCCCAAGUAUUUAUGACUCUUUUUAAAAACAGGGAGUGGUGAGACAUACAUUACAAACUAAAAAAGUGUCUUCAUUUGUUGUUUCAGAAUUAA